AUGGAUCUUGGGCUCGAAGGCGUGCAUGUUCUUGUGACGGGCGCGAGCGGCGGGAUCGGGCUUGAGACCGUGAAGCUCUUCCUCAAGCUCGGUGCGAUCGUAACGGCGCACUACAACACCAACGCGACGACCCUCCCUCCGCUGGUAACGCAGUUCGGUGACAAGCGUGUCCGCGCGCUGCAAGCGGAGCUCUCGGACGAGAGUUCUGUUGCAGCGCUCUUCGCUGCGGCAGAGGCGUGGUCCGGGCCCGUACAGGUGCUGAUCGUGAACCACGGCUACUACCCGCCGGACGACGCGCCCGUCGCGCAGAUGUCGCUGGCGCAGUGGAACAACACCAUCGCAGCGAAUCUGACGUCCGCGUUCCUGGUCGUUCGCGCGUACAUGCGCGGGCUCGAGCGUGCGACAGAAGUGCAGAAGGAGAAAGCGAAUGUUGUGAUUAUUGGGAGCACGGCGGGCAAGUAUGGCGAGUUUGGGCACGCGGAUUACUCGGCGGUGAAGAGCGGGAUGAUGUAUGGCCUCACGAUGACCCUCAAGAACGAGAUCGUCAAGGUUGCGCCCAAGGGCCGGGUCAACGUCUGUGCACCUGGAUGGGUGAAGACGCCUAUGGCAGCACAAGCGCUGGCGAACCCAUCGGUCAUCUACCGGGCGCUCGCGACGAUGCCGCUGAAGAAAGUCGCGAUCCCGGAAGACGUUGCGAACCAGGUAGUCGUCCUCGCGUCGACUGUCCUCUCGGGGCAUGUGUCUGGGCAGGUGGUCAUGGUCGAAGGAGGUAUGGAAGGACGUUUGCUGAAUAUGCCUGCGGAGGUCACCUCAUACUGA